CUGUCCGGGUCUGGCUGCCCCUCGGGAUGAAGCCGGGUUGGGAGUUCCCUGCUCGCCCUUCUCACUUUCUCCAGAGCUAGGCGAGUCAAAGCUUCCCGGGACAGAGACUGCCAACGGGACCAGAGGAGCAUCACCAUGGACCCUUCAGCCCUUGACAUGGCCAUCCAGCAUGCCCUGGCAGGGCUCUACCCGCCUUUCGAAGCCACUGCCCCCACCGUCCUGGGUCAAGUGUUCCGGCUCCUGGACUCUGACUUCCGGGGAGAUGGGCUGAGCUUCCUCCUGGAUUUCCUCAUCCCUGCCAAGCGUUUGUGUGAGCAAGUGCGGGAAGCAGCCUGCGCCCUCUACACCCACUGCCUCUUCCUGCAUGAGGGCUGGCCGUUGUGUCUCCGGGAUGAGGUCGUGGUACACCUGGCGCCACUCAAUCCGCUCCUGCUACGUCAGGGUGAUUUCUACCUUCAAGUGGAGUCCUGGGAAGAGCAGUCUGUCCACAUGACACUCAAGUGUCUCUCCUCAGACCUCCGUGAGGUAGACAAGAAGCCGAUUCCUGAGUCUUCCUACUCUCUGAUUUUCACCCCAGAAUGGUUGGAGGCCAUCAACAGUGACUUUGAGGGACGUCCCUUACACAACUGUCUCGUGGCUUCAGAAAAUGGGGUCACGCCUGUGCCUUGGACCAGGAUUACCAGUCCAGAGUUUGUAGAUGACAGACCCCCAAUAGUGAAGGUCCCUUCCUCAGAUGGGCACUCCUGUCCACUAGAUACUCUCCAGCUGAGCAACCCCCAGGAGCCAUACCAGGAUAGCGACUUGGGCAGCAAGGAGUCUGUGGCCCAGAGCUGCGGUAAGGAUAAAGGGAAGUUGUCUGGGGACAAGUAUCCUCGGCUCAUCAAGGUGGAGUCAGCAAGGCCAGGGCAGAUGGCCUUCAGGAUAGACAGUGAGGCCAGCCAGAGCCUGGAGGGGGACUAUGUGGCUCUCGUGGGCUUUCCCCCAGAGUAUAGAGGGGCAUCUCCAGUCAGCGAAGUAGUGACAUUCAGUCUGGACACUCAAAGGACACAGGAGACAAGAUCCAGAACUAAGGGGGCACCUUUGCUUGGAAAGGUCCUCCCUCUCUCGGGGCCUGCUGGGGCACUUCCUUUGGGAGAAUGGGCAUGUGCAAAGCCAGCAGGCUCAGGGGAGAAGCCCUGUAGCAGGGGCUCAAGGAGAAAGUCCAGGCAUAAAGCAUCUGGCCAUACUGCAGUAGGACAGACACAGCAGCCCCAUGCAAGUGUCCCAGAGAAGUUGCUGGACUGUACCUCUGGCCUGGUGGAAGACACUGAAGAAGAACCAGCAGCCUCCAAGAUGCAAAAGCCUUUGGGAAUGCCAGAAGCUGUAGUCCAGCUCAGGCCUGGGGCACAACAAGCAUUCCCUCCCCUCCUGGCUUCAGCUGGCCCUGUAGCCCCAGCAUCUGAGACAAAGACAGAGGAGGUCAUACCCGGACAUGGUAGAGCUUCUAAGCCUGAGGACUGCCUCAGUAAGAACACCUCCUUUCAUGGCUCCCCAGCUCCUGGUAUCCAGUUCACCUACUUGAAAGAACAGAGGGCACCCCUUGUGACCCCCGAGAAGACCCUACUCCAGCAUACCAGGCCUUGGAAGGCCCUGUGCCCCCUCAACUCUCUGCAGCCCUGUGGAGCCAAGACCCUAGGCAAAGAUGGAACAGCUCUCCCUACAACAGCUGGCUCAGGCACGCUGUCUGGGGAGCCGCCUGGCUUCCGGAGAGAUUCUGCAGGUCCCCCAGGAGGAGGACUUCGCCUGGAGGAGUGUUCUAGGCCUAAGCCCAGGAUUGGGACUCUGGGAGCCAAGCUUCUCCACUCCAGGAUAGCCUGCCUGCCAGGUGGUAGGGACAAGGUGGGGCGGCCACUGCUUCUGGUGUCGACCACAAAGGAAGCCUGGGAGGCACCAUGGUGUACUGCCUCAGAGGUCACCGAGUUGCUCUCCUACUUAUGCAGUGUUCCUAGGCUGGAAGAUAAAGCCAAGGGGCUACUGGUGGUGAUUGAUGCCAGGAAAGGAGCCCAGAAGCCUGGUCUUGUCAGUGCCCUGCAGAGCAUACAGGCUCUGGCUCCGGCCUCCAUCAGUAAAGUGAUCCUCCUGGGGGAGAAGGCAUCCGUUCUCCAGCUACCUGUACUAUCUGUUCAGGUGGAGGUAGUGACCUCACUGAAGGCCCUCAGAAGCCACGUGGACCCUAGCCAGUUGCCAGAGGCUCUGGAGGGUCCCUUUCCCUACCACCACAGGGUGUGGGUACAGUUCUUCCAGAAGCUGGACCCGUUCCUCAAUGACCUUCACCAGGUCUCAUCCCUGCUGCAGGCUUCCAUCCAUGAGUUUGAGAAGGGUGACCCCCCUGGUGGGGUGCAGGAGGCUACCAGGUGCCUGAGCAAGUCCAAGGAGCUGAUGGAGAUUGUGCUGAGGGACCCGGGCCUGCUGGCUCUCCAGAGAGAAGGAGGAACUACUCUGGCCAGCUUGCAGCAGGAGGCCAGCGGGCUAAAUGCUAACCCUGAUGUCAGGAGCCAUCUGACCGAGGCUGCUGCCCUGUACAACCUUGUGGAUGGUCAGCUUCAUGACUUAGUCACUGCGUCCAAUCAGCUCCUCCGAAGGCUAGAGCUCCGUGUCCGCCUGGGUCACCUGGAAACUGCCAUCCAUCAGGUCAGUGACUGGAUGGGGGGAGAAGGCAGCCAGUGUCUGCAGGCAUUUGCUCCUGUGGAUAUAUGUGCGGAGACAGUAGAGAAAGUCCAUGCCGAGUUUGAGGAUUUCUUCCUGCAGGUUGCGGCCCAGUACCGCCAGGGCCUGGAACUGUCCAAGCAGGCGGCCCAGCUGGGAGCUGCAGAGGAAGGGGCAGGUGAGACAGAGCUCCCAGACCUGGCGGCCUUCACCUCCACCCAACAGGCCUUCCAAGCCAGGCUGACACACUUCUACAUGGCAGCUGAGAGGCAGCGCACUGACCUGGAGACCCUGCUCCAUCUCCACCGCUUCAGAAGGAAGAUGUCUCGGUUCCACACAGACUGCCAGAACCUGCUAACCCAGCUCAGGCUGGGCAAGGCUGUGAAGUCCAGCCCCGGGGACAAGCUCCACCUCCGCCUCCACUGCUACCUGAAACGCCUGGCUUCUGAGUUCCAGACAGAGAAACUCCUGGCCAUGAAGCUCCAGGUGGCCUCCUUGAGCCAGCCUGGCCUGGGUCAGGAAUUAUGGGAAGAGGCCCAGGAGCGACACCAGGAGAUCCAGAGCUUGCUGAGGAAGGCACUAGCUUACUGCCCAUGUCCAGAGGUUCCUGCUGCCCACUCGGCACACAUAGACCGAAGCAGGCCAGCAACUAAGGGUCAGGGUCUGCCUAGAGAAGUGGGUUACAAAUGGGACAGGUCUCUACAGGACUCUCUGGCUGUGGAUCAUGUGUUCAAAUCCCAACGGUCUCCCCGAACCCCUCAGGGGAAGCAGAGCAGAAACAUGUGGGAAAGCCUGCUAUCCCCAGAACCUGGCCAGUCUGUGGACGCUGAGGAAGUUAAGGGUACCCCUAAGCUCCCUGAUCCCACCCUGGAGCGGGUCCUCACCUCCCUCUUCUCCUGGCCCCACCUUCCCAAGCAGAGCAAGGCCUCCGGUCCAACUGGGGGCAGCUUUUCCUCAGAAGGGACGGACUCACAGACAUCCCUGGAGGACUCGUCCCACACAAGCCCUCCUGUGUCCCUCUAACUGGAUCUGAAACCACACCAGCUCCAGGGCCUGGGAUAGGAUGGACAGAAAGGUUCUUCAGAGCCCAUGACACCCCUUCAAACAUGGCGGUGGGGCAGUGUUAGGAGGACCAUCUUCCUUCCGGCUUCAGAAAACUCCAAGACAAUGGAUUGUUACCCACACAGAAUAGCGUGUGUGGGAAUUAGAAUCCAGACUCAAUAAAAGAACAUUUUUU